UCUUCUUGCAGCCAUGACCGAGCCAGUGUAGCACAUGGCUAUCGGAGCACAGCCACAGCCCCUUACAGAGAGAUGGGUGUAAAGUGGACGUGGCUUAGGUGCAGCUCAUUUCAUUAAAGAGACAUGGGCCAAAACGGUGGAUUUUGAGCAGAGCUGUUUUUAGCUGAUAAAAAGAGCACUAAAAUAAUUGAUCCAAAUUGAAUUUUGACCGAAGGAUUUCACAGACAUGCUUUUAACACACCAGAGGACUAUUAUAAGUUGUGUGAAAUUGGCAUGCCAUGGGACCUUUAAAAUCUACAUGUGCACCUCAGUACACAACAGGAUUUCAUUGAUCGAAUGUCUGACACUUUAACAAAAUUCAUGAACUGAUUAUGAAAAUUGAAAUCUCACCUGAAAUCUUUUUUAUAAAUAGUAUAUCAAAACACAACAUAUUUACAUGAAAACAUCCAAGAAAAGUAGGUCCAGGGUCAACUUAGAACUUACUGACUUUUUACUAGACACCUAUUUGACAAAAGUCGAUUCAUUUAUGAUACCUGAGAAAGCACUAGGAUUUUUUGGAGACACAGAGGAAAAUUUGGCACUUCACACAUCUCACAUAUAUUUUACUGUGGAACCCAGGUAUUCUGCACCUGAAAGGACUUAGACUGUUGACCAUUUCAGGCCUUUUAGUGAAAACCUGAUCUUGUAGAAACUUCUCUUAAGUGUCCCUCUCAGUUUAUGCAUUGUUGCAUACUAGCUUAACUAGUUUAAAAAUUCAUGUGUAUUGCCAAGAUGUCAAUUUGCUCUGACACGGCAAGGUCACCCAACAGUACCAUUAUGUCACUGUGACCUCCAAACCCUCUGCCACCAGCUCAGAGCUCAGUCCAUUCACCUCAGAGGGACAUAAAGAGACAUGAACUCUCCCUACAUCAGCUACAACUCCUCUGAAAGUAAAUAUCAGCUAAGAUUUCCAUGGACAAUAUCACCACAAUCUACACACCAUGGACCAGUAUACCAGUUUUCCAGAUUACAUAUCAUCCCUACUGGUGUUAUGUAUCAUCAGUGAGUGAGUCACUCACCUGUACCUUGUCCAGCAGCAUACCAGCAGUAACCAUGCCCAGUCCGGCCAGCAGGUAUGAAGGCAGCACCUGGAGGCAGAUCACCGUGGGCGACUCUCUGGCAGAAAUGUGGAUCUUCUCCUCCUCGAUCUCCACAGAACAAUUGUUACUGCUGAAAUUCAUGUCAGUCCAGAGCUGCCAGCUUUCGCACACUACUGCCAACUCUCUGAAAAACUGUUUAACUUUCAGUCUGUGAACUUGCCCUGCAUGCACGUGUCCUUCUUGGUUAUCUACAGGCUUAAAUUGUAGGGGAAAAACUUGAUUCACCUUUUUAUACUUAUGAUUUCAGGGUCCCAUGUUGUUGUUGAUAUUAUUAUUAUUAUUCACACAUAUUCACACGUAAUUUUACCUGUAAGGCUUUUUCAAGGUUUUUUUAACAUGUGAAGUUAACCUGAUCUUACAAGCGUCAUGUAAAAGAUAUCAAUACAAAACCUAUUGUGUUGUAGAACCUACACAGUAGAUUUUGUCAUUUUAUUCUUGUACCAUUUAGAUGCUAAAUUCCCCCAAAACAGCUCAGGUUGCAUACACUGUGAUCAGGUAGUGAGGUGGCUUCAGUGCAUUUGUUGCAUCCUUAAUCAGAGGGCUGACAGUGGGUUUACCCACAGGGGUUAGUAGGUGCAUUUCAUGCCAGUGACCAUAAAGAGACAAGAAAGGCAUCCUCCAUGGACAGACCACUACGGCGUUACUGCUAUAAAUAUUCACUCUACACCUCCCAACCCCAGUGAAGGUUUCAUGUUAUAUGCCAAAUGCUGAGCUCGAAGAGUGGGAGCCAAAAACAACAGCUUGUUUUCUGGAUUAUAUUUUACAAUGUGUUGCAACCGCUUGUGAUUUUUCAGUAGUGUUUUCAUAAAAAGUAUUUUUAUCGGAUCUUGAACUAUUUGCAUCACGGUCCUUCUUAUGACUCAAGAUGUGUUGGGUUUCUAUCUGAGGGGUACCCACAUUUUCUGGCAGUCAAACUUUCAUCCGUCAUCUGCUCACAGUUGGGUUUACAGCUACUUUGCUUACAGACAGUAAACAGGCUCAAUGCGAGAGAGAAGCACGAGAAGUCUCUGCUGUAAAGGUUUGUCUCCUGAAAUCUAGAGCAUGCAGCAGUUUUUGAGUUGUUUCAGAUUUAAAUGUCUUGUUGAAUGGUGGGUUUGUUUAAAAAUUCUGCAUUGCAAGUUUACAUGACAAACUGAAUGGGAUUUGCAUUGGUUAACUUGUUUCUAUAGGUGUGUUUAAUGUGAGGAACAUGGCUGAGGCAUGUCAACAGAGAGGUUCUUCUGAGAUGAGGGGAAACCAUCCUCAGUUCACCAAUGCCUCUGCCACACCUAAAAUCACCACAAUUCGUCUUCGAGACAUUUAUGAUCCAAAACCUCAACCUCCCAAAGCUCCAGUUCGGAUUCGCCCGCCAGGCCCAAGACCUCCCUCAGCAAAGGAGCUUAAUUUAAAACCCAGCAGGCCCAGUGAUCCUCCGACCAAGACGAUCAUGAGGAGAAGAGCUCAGUCUCUUCCUCCACCGACAGAGAGGAAGAAGGAGCUCAGGAGCCUGCAAGUGCGGUUUGUGGACUCAUUAGGAAUUGAGUUAGAAGAAGUCAAGGUCUUUAAAGCUCAAGAGCGCCCACUGAUACCCCAACAUGUCAUGUUCAGACUACUGAUGAAUUCAGAGCUAGCUUUUGGGAAGUCCUUGGAGCUAUCUCUGCCUUACUUCAAACCUUGUUUCCCAGAGAACAUGAGGAGUCAUCCUGAUUUUGUGAAUAAACUCUGCACUCAGUGUGUGUGUCUGGAGCAGGUCCUGUGCUCCGAGCAGGGGAUAACAGGAACUAUACAAGUGCUGAAUUUGGCCUACGAGAAAAAGGUCACAGUUCACUAUUCCUUCACCAACUGGAGGACACACACAGAAACAACAGCAUCGUGGCUAUCGAGCAGCUACAGCGGAGAUGACUGCCAUACUCCUCAGACAGAUGUCUUCAGAUUUCGUCUGCCUGUGCCACCCUUCAUUUUGCAGCCGGGAGCCAUUUUGGAAUUUGCCAUCCGCUACAAUGUGAGAGGAUCUGACUACUGGGACAACAACAACGGCCAAAAUUACAAAAUGUCUUGUCACAGCUACAAGGUGACUGUGCCAAGGGAGUGUGAGGACAGCAUGCUGCACUUUACCUAAAGGUCCACAAGGGGGAGCUGAGACACCGCUCCAUCAUAGACCACUGACCUGAGGUCAAUGCCUCACAGCCUCACCUGCUUCACAUCUCCCUUUACAUCGAAAUUAAAUAAUUACUCAAGCACUUAAGAUUGUCAAACGGUUUGCUUUUCCUACAAAAAAAGGACAAAAUUUGAUAAAUGUGACACACUUGUACCCUCUGCCAAGAAAGACAUUGCACAACCUCACUUUGCUUCUGUUUUCAGAGAAGGACUAAAGAGCGUAGCGUUAAAUCCUCUUUUUCACUGGAAUCAGCUCACUCAUACUCCCCAUGACGCUGACCUUUCACCAAAAAGUUUCCGCUGAUAAGAGAGGCCAGAUUCCAGAGGACUAUUUGGCAGGCGGCAGUGUUUGGCUCACAGGAGGGCAUUCCUCUUUCUGCACUGCAGCAGCACAGCUUGCUUUUAACAUGAUAGUUGCUGCCUGAGCAGCCAAAACUUAACUCAUGAACCUAAAAAGUCAUCCACUGAGGGCACAGUCUGAUCAACUGUGAGGGUAAGUACUACAACCAUGGAUUAAUCAAAAUAAACCCCUCAGUAAAUUCAUUGGUCUUCUCUCAAAUUGUUUUUGUCAUUUUUCUUGGAACUAAAAAUGAAAUUUUUUAUUUUAUUUUAAUUAAAAAAAAGGUUUGAUUGAUCAAGCAACUAAAGUGAGAAUAAAGAGUAUGACUGUGACUGACAUGGAGGAAGAAAACAGCACGUGGAGUUUGAGCGAUUGUGCUGUUUACCAAAUUCCAUGGAUUUGAUACUGAUCAGUGUUUUAAGUGACUUUUUGCAGAGAAGGACUAAAGAGCAUAUCUCUUCUUAAAUGCUGAUGAUUUGAUAUUAUUUGUAGUAACUGGAUAUAGGAGGUCUCAGACACUAGAUGGCACUAUUACAAAAUUUAAGCAGAAAGGAACCAGCGUUGUGGUUUUCCCUUUUGUAAACGCACAGAAUAGUGCUAUGCUCACAAUUCUGGAAACUUGAAGCCCAACUGCUAAACUCUUAAAGGGAUAUUCAAGCGUAAAUUGAAGUUAUGGUUAAACAUACCGUAACACCAAGUUAGACACCUCUUGAGAGAUUAAUGUUGUCAACUGCUUGCUUCUCUA